UAAUUAAUGGAAGGUAACUGGAGUGAAUCGACCACGCUGUCGACUAUUACAAAUGCUCAGGCUGAAGCCGACGAUGUAUGGUCCCACGCUGCAUAUACCACAUUGGGUUUAGUUAUAGCACUCAUCGGUAUAAUUGGCAUGACAACAAAUGCUAUGGUGAUCAUUUUAUUCGUGAAGAAUAAAGAACUGAGAACUCCUUCAAAUGUGCAUUUGCUAUCGAUGACAAUUAGCGAUUUGGCAAUCUCGGUUUUUGGCAACCCUUUCUCUGCGUCAUCGAGUCUGGCUAUGAGAUGGCUUUUCGGACUCACGCUUUGUCAUUGGUACGGCUUUGCAAAUACAUGUUUUGGUCUUGUUUCGCUGGUGACACACGCGAUGAUUGCUGUGGAUCGCUACUGUGUCAUAUGUCAUGAUAUUAAGAGUACAAUAAAAAGAGCGACUCUGAUGUCUUGUCUUGCGUGGCUAUACUGCAUUAUCUGGUCUAUUUUCCCCAUCUUCGGGUGGUCAAGUUACAGUCCAGAAGGUCCUGGCACUUGGUGUAGCGUCACAUGGGAAAGGAACAUCAACAAUACCAAUUCAUUCGUGGUCUGUCUGUUCGUCUUCACUGUGUUAAUUCCAGUUGGCAUUCUCUUGUUCUGCUAUGCUAGAAUCUUUAAUACGUAUCGGAAGACUAUCUACAAUGUAGUCUUUGAAAGCAGCGAGAACACAACAAGGUCCUUGAUGAAACAGGAGUGGCGAUUGGUAAGAAUGACGGCUCUACUUGUGUCGGGCUACCUACUAGCGUGGAUGCCCUACUCUGUAAUGAGCCUCAUGGUGGUACUAGGUCAACAUGUGAGCUUCACGGGCGCAGCACUACCCUCAAUCUUUGCGAAGACGUCUACGUGUUACAACCCCGUGAUAUAUGUAUUUCUACACGACAAAAUGAGAAAGUCGUUAGUCCAGAUGUUGCCUCAUGGAUGUGCAAGCCGCUUUGGUGGGACCCCUCCAAAUUCUUCACAAGCGACUCCCGGGACAAGCCAUCGAAGAACACGACAUAAAAGUGCUGGUUCUAUUGCUGGCACAACACGGACCUGAAAAGAUGAUCACAACAAUCAUGGAGAUAUUUUAUCCCACUCUCUCAAAGACGCCUCUGUAGAAACAAAAACUAUAUCACUUUCAAGAUGCAAAUAUAAUUUGGAUCUUGAAUACAGAUACUUUACAUGGAUGUGUUUGAGGAUAAAUA